AUGAAAGUCCUCUCAAUCGAUUUAGGAAGUUUUAAGGCCGUUAUGGCUUCGUCUGAUACUUCUGCCGGUGAAAUAGUACUAAAUGAACCUGGAUCUAGAGACACUAAAAUGUCUAUUGAUUAUCGAGGCAAGAAAAGAUCGUUUGGUUUAGUCGGUGCUUCUUAUCGGAAUAGAGAAAAAGUCGCUGAAGAGAUACGUAAUGAGAUAGAGAUAUACUGCACUGAGUAUUUAGCUGGAUAUCAAAAGAAGAAACAUACUCAAAAUGUUUCUCAUAUUUACGGUUUGAUAUCUUAUCUAAUCAAAAACUAUCUUAAAAAACAAAAUUUAACCGCCAAAGAUAUAGAAUUAGAACUAGUCGUACCUAGUGAUUAUACUGAAGCCCAUAAAACCAUCCUUACUAAGUUAGUUGGACAACUUGGUACUCCAGUCUCUUGUAUAUCUGAUUCACAAGCUCUUUGUGCUUACUAUCUCAGCCGCAGAACUCCAGCCCAGUCUAAGUACAUCAUUAUUGCUGAUUUAGGUCAUAGUACUACUACUGUUACUUUAGCUCUAAUUAGUAGUGAAAUUCUACGUAUCAGAACUAGAGUUAAUCUGGCUUUUGGUGGUCGAGAUGUCACUAAUGCUUUAGCUACUAAGAUCUAUAACGAACAACAAAAACAAUCUAUUUCUGAUAUCUUUACUUUAGAAGAGUUUAAAACUCGUAAUGCUAAACAACUUAACUGGAUUAAGAAUGCUUUAACUGGUCUUCCUGAGGUUAAGACGCAAAUGGAUAUCUCUAAUGAUCAAACUAUUGAGAUAAAGAUAUCUCGUCAAGAUUUAGAACAAUUAAUAGGUCAGCAGAUUGUAGCUCUACGUACUUUACUUAAGGAAGUGUAUGCUAAGGCUGAACAAGAUAUUGAUGAACUAGUUGCAACAGCUACAGAAGAUAAUCCAGUUGAGAGACCAAGUAUUGAAGUAGAAGUGACUGGCGGUUCUUCUCGUCUUUUCUUUGUCCCUACUAUUGUUGAGGCAGCUACUAGUCUUAAAGCCCAAGUUCAGCUUAAUGCUGAUGAGUCAGCUGCCUUAGGAGGAGUGUAUCGUAUGCUUAUGGAGUCAGUUCAUCAUCGCUUUCGGUUUGAUCCGGUUAUUACUGAUAUUAUAGAUGUACCUUAUAUACUUAAGGUAGAACAUGCUUCAGUGGCACCUCGGCAACUGACUAUCAUUCCGAGUGGUUAUGAAAUUACCAGGGAACGUAAGGCUAAGCUAGUUAGUGCUAAGUAUGACUCUUCAGUUCAAAUUAUUAGUCCGGCUAAGAAGCUCAUUAAGCUUAAGAACGUUUUACCCGAUUCAAGUUUAACUAUUUCAGUUGGUAAUUAUCCUAUCUAUACACUUAGUCCCUUAACUGAAUCUCCUGCUGAAUCUGAGCCCAAAGUUGAUACUAAAGCUAAGGCAACUACUCCUGGGGCUAAGAACGUCUCUUUCCGGGCCUGGAUUGAGCCAAGUGGUUUCCUUGGGUUCUCUUCGGCUGAUUUAGUAGCUCAACCGGUUAUUGAUCAGAUUGAUUUAUCGCAUACGACUAAGCAUGAAGCUAAUUUUGUAGCGGCUGAACUAGAAGCAACUGCUGUUGAAGAUCGUACUAAUUCAGCCCAAGCCCGGUUGUUUGAGAGUUUUAAUGCUUUAUCAGAGGGUGAUUUAGCUCAAAUUCCAUCGGCUGCCCAACUUACUGAAGAACUUUGGCUGCACAGUCAAUCUAUACCUACUAACUUAACUACUAUCAAAGAUAUUGAAGCCUGGGAACAGUCCAUUGAAGAUUCGCUUAAAUCUGUAGUUGAACCCGAAUGGAAUGCUUUAGCUGCAACUUUAGCUGAUAAAGUAGCUAAAGACCUUUCCUGGACGGUUAAACCUCCUAAGUAUCCUGGUAUAUUUGCUCUUUAUUCGAUUGAGUCCACUCUACGCGAUACGGCUACACAGGAGAUUCAGGCUGAGGAAGCUCGCCAAGAACAACUCCGUCAAGCUGAGGAAGCUCGCAAAGAAGAAGAGAUGCGUAAGCAGGAGGAGCAACAACCUCAUGAAGCCGAGAAUGAGGAUAAGGCCGCCCAAUAA